CCGCCCGCGACUAACACUGCAGCAGACGAAGCCGAAACAGAAUUUGACGAUCUCACUAUAUAAAGUACCUGCAGGACGAGGCCCAAAAGAUCAACAGAAGAGAAGUUUCCAAGUCUAAAGUCCACCGAUCGUACCGUAACGUCGUGUUUCAAGCUUGGUUUAUCUUGCAGCAAGUGUAUUUUAAAUAAUAAUAAGCGUUGGUCUACGCAUAAAAGCAUAAGGUUAGGAGGUUAUCCAAAGCUCUUGUUUAUAACCUAAAAAACAGUGCAUGUAAUAUAGUGUUUAAUAACAGUUCGGUGAAUAAUAUAUUAAAAUGCCAACUUGGAAUCAAAUUCAAGCCCAACUUAGAAACCCAAAUAAUCCGGUAGUUUUCUUUGAUGUAUCCGUGGGUACAACUGAAAUUGGAAGAAUGAUUUUUGAGCUCUUUGAAGAUGUUUGUCCGAAAACUUCAGAAAAUUUUCGGCAAUUUUGUACAGGAGAAUAUAAAAAGGAUGGAGUAUCAUUAGGAUUCAAAGGUACUAUCUUUCAUAGAGUAAUAAAAGAUUUUAUGAUUCAAAGUGGAGAUUUUGUGAAUGGUGAUGGCACCGGAGUUACAAGUAUUUAUGGAGGUACUUUUGCGGAUGAGAACUUUGCCUUAAAACAUGACUCGCCAGGUCUUCUUUCAAUGGCUAACAGUGGAAAAGAUACAAAUGGAUGCCAAUUCUUUGUAACUUGUGCUAAGUGUAACUUUUUGGAUGGAAAACAUGUUGUGUUCGGAAGAGUUAUUGAUGGACUUUUGGUAAUGAGAAAAAUAGAGAACGUUCCUACAGGACCAAACAAUAAACCUAAGAUACCAGUGACUAUAUCACAAUGUGGACAAAUGUAAUCUAAAUAAUAAAAUGACCCUUUUACACAGCUCGAAUUCAAGAUCAGGAGCUAUACAAUAGACUGUGAUGUUUCAUACCUCCUCCAGUAUAGUGCAGACGUAACCACAGAAAACUAUAGUUUUGUAAUUAAAUAAUUUUUUCUCAAUGACAAAUAAUAAAACGAAUUUUUUUAUCCAUAAA